GCAGUUCAUUCUCUCCCGCAAAGGUUCGUGCUUGUGUAUGCAUCUGCAAAAGAGAGUUUGAAAUCAUGUGUGCCUAAUGUCCAGCAUGGGUCACAAGAAUAGAGUGCGAAAAGACUUGACAAAUGUGGGUGCUUAUGAUGAUUUGAACAAAGAAGAUCUCCGUGAGAUUCUGAAGCGGAGAGGACUCCAGACAACUGGCAAGAAGCAAGUUCUUGUGAAGCGACUGGAACGAUUCGAUCGUGACCAGUACUGCCAGGUAGGUGUAUCCAGUCACUUGAACAGCAGUACAGGAAGUGGCAGGAUGGCUUCAAACGGAAUGACCCACUCACCAUCCAUUAUGGUCCUCAACAUUCGCCAGAAGCUUCGAAAGGAGCGGGAAUCCAUCGUCCUCUGGCGUCAUCCUCUCACCACCCUCUACUAUUUCUUCAUGGAACUUCAAAUUGAAGCAUUCAAGUUGGCCACCAGCCUCAGAAGGAACCUGUUAAAGGUCAUCCUGUCCCUAUGCAUCCUGGUGGUCUGCCUCCUUAUGUAUCACAUGGAAGGCCCUCAUCAGCGAUUGUUCAAGGCAGUUGAAAAGAAACUGCUAUGGUCCCUUUAUUGGGUGGGGCUGGGGAUCCUGUCAUCAGUUGGACUGGGAACAGGCUUGCACACGUUUGUCUUGUACCUGGGACCUCACAUAGCAGCAGUGACAAUGGCUGCUGAUGAGUGCCACAGCCUCAGGUUUCCUGAACCUCCCUACCCUGAUGAAAUCCAGUGUCCUGAUGAAGGGGAUGCCAUGGAUUUUGGUAGCACUGUGACCAUUUGGGCCAUCAUGAGCAAAGUCAGGCUAGAGUCCUUCAUGUGGGGAGCUGGUACUGCCUUGGGGGAGCUGCCUCCAUAUUUCAUGGCUCGAGCAGCUCGACUUUCAGGCACACAUCCAGACGAUGAGGAUUAUGAAGAAUUUGAGGACCUUCAAGUAAAGCUAAAGCAUCCUGAAGAAAUGUCAUAUGCAGACAAGGCAAAGCUGGCUAUAGAACGACUUGUGGAACGUGUGGGGUUCUUUGGCAUCUUGGCCUGUGCCUCUAUCCCGAAUCCCCUGUUCGAUUUGGCUGGGAUCACAUGUGGGCACUUUUUGGUCCCAUUCUGGACAUUCUUUGGUGCCACUCUGAUUGGGAAAGCGGUGAUAAAGAUGCACAUACAGAAACUGUUUGUGAUCAUCGCCUUUAAUGAAGCCCAUGUUGAAAUGGCUGUACACUCACUCAGGUACAUUCCAUGGAUUGGUGAAAAGCUUCAAGCCCCAUUUAAAGACUUUUUGGAUUUGCAAAAACAGAAGUUUCAUCGAGCAGCCCAUGCAGAAAAAAUCCAUCAGGGAGGGAGUUGGUUGCAGUGGGUAUUUGAGAAAGUUGUGAUAGGCAUGAUCACCUACUUCCUUGUGUCAAUAGUGAACUCCCUUGCUCAGCGCUAUCACCGCCGCAUGAAUGACAAGUUCAGGCCCAAAGUACAUAAACAGAAGUGACAACUAGUGCCAAGUUAGCAUUCCUUCACCCAUUCUCCUUCUCCACCUUCUGCCUCUUUGCCUUCUUAAAUCUGUUGGAAGCAAAGCCAUUCCAACACCACCUCGUGAUACACAUUAUAAUAUAUCUUUUAGUAAUAUUUAUGACGUAUUAGUUCUGGUGUGGAAUAUAAGAACCCUGUUGCCAUGAACCCUACAAGCGUGAACUCCUCAUUCUCAGUCGGCAUCUUUUCGCUGAAUCUCUCCCGUCUUUUUUUCAUUGCUUUCAACUCGAGUGCAUGUCAUUGAAAUAUAGAAUGUAUAAGACUUCCAGGGAUAUCACACAUAUAUAUAGGCCCUGGUUUUCAAUCAUUCCCCGAUUUUCCCCUCAGUGAGUCAUUUAAAGACCAUACAUGCUGCAGCUUGCAGAAAUCAUGAAUAUAGGGAUGUUUCAUUUUUUGUGCUCACAUGUCCUUUUAUGACACAAGUGAGAAGUGCUUGCUCAUGUAUUUUUGAGUUGGAUUUUUACUCUAAGUCUAAUCAGUUAUCUCUUUGCAGUUUUUUCAUUCCCUGUAUUUUCUAUCAUAUCAGUGAAUUUGUGUGCUUUUUGUAGCAGUGUUAGUCAAAAAGUAGUGGCAUAUUCUUGGAUUGUUUGAAAAAUGCCAUAGGUUGCUGAAUUGGUAAGACCCGGUGUAUUUUGACCUCCCGCAAUAAGGUGAUUCUAGUCUCUGCAAAUUACUGGUUCCCAAAAACAGUUACUGACAAUAAUAGAUCAAAAUGAAGUGCAGCAGAGAAGCAAUCCACUCUUGAAACAAAGAAGCGAUCUCCUGUAUUUUAAAUUGUAAGACCACUCUUUUUUUUGGUAUAUUGCAAUCAAUGCUGGUCCUCGUUUGUGCAUGUCUUGUUGCAUCAACAAGGAUCUCGGUGGUUCCUUCUUUUCUACCCCUGGAUUGUUUCAAGGUUUUUCCCUUUCCUAUUUUGUGCAUCUUUAAUGGGUAGGUUCCCACAGCUGAACCUUGGAGUGAGAUACAUGAGGCAGGUCUUCGCCAGGAAGAGGAAAUAAUUAAAUAUUGUAUUAGUAAUAUGUAUGCCCUUAAAAGGAUUCGCUUGGGUGUGAUGUCUGCUGUUUCCUCAAAAUUGCAAAUUAUUAAAGUUUAAAUUUUGCAAUGAAUUCAGUGGGAAAUGUGGCAGCAUCCAACUGGACUGAGUUUCCUGCUUUCUCAAGGAGUCAGCAGAGAGAAUGAAUUAUGUCUUUCUUGGCCCCACUGAUAUGUUGCCGAUGAGAAAGGGAAUUUUUUUUCUUUACCUUUUUCUGAAGCCUUUCACCCACUCUGUCUUGUGAAUUCACUUCAGUCAUUCCCCCUGUUGCCUGCGAUCCACCUUUAUUCCAUUUCUCAUGUUCUUGUCCGUCUUCCAAGCUGUAUAUGGAAGCCAUGAUAAUGUCCAACCUAGAUUGAGGUGAUGUGAAGUCGUCUAAGAAAAAUACGCACGAAAGAGUGUAAUGUAUCUGGUUACGCCAUUCCACCUGAUCCACCAAUACGAUAGUGUUUGUGCAAAAGGGUGAAAAAGUCUUGUUAGUGUUGUCAACGCCACAUGUAAUUUAUUUCUGGUCUUAAAAUCAGUGUUGUCCAUCACACCAAUAAUGGGUUCAUUGAAGUGCAGAAUAUCGCAUCCCUGUUUCCUCGGGCAUGAUCGUAAGGUGGAAUGUUUGACAGGAAAUAGAGCUGGUCAUGUUCCCAAUACCACA